AGAUUCCGAUUUAUAUAUGCAAUUGCAGCUUUUAGCUUCUAUUUGAUUGCUAUGUUUCUAGGUUGUCUGAUUGUGUAUGUGAUAUGGAUAGAGGUUAGUCUUCAUGAGCCCAUGUAUAUCUUCAUAUGUACCUUGAUCAUUAAUGGUGUAUUUGGAAAUACAGUCGUUUUUCCUCAAUUUAUAAUUGGCUUGUUGACUGGAUCCUCAACCAUAUACUUUUAUGAAUGUCUAGUACAAGUAUUCUGUGUGCAAACAUUUCCUACUGUGGAGAUUUUCACUUUUACGGCCAUGGCCUAUGACCGAUACCUGGCUGUAGGCUACCCACUGAGAUAUGCCACCCUAAUGACGAAUGGAAAAGCUCUGCAAUGCAUAGCGUUUAUCUGGAUUUCAUCAUUCAUACUUGUAGGUAUUCUGGUGACCAUGACGGCCAACCUGAAAUUCUGUGGGGUCAAUAUUAAUAAUAUUUUCUGCGAGAACAUGUCCCUUGUCAGGCUGGCUUGUGGGAACUCAGCCAUGGUUAUUAAUAUAUUUGGACUUGUGGAAACACUCCUCUUUGUUUUUGGAGCAAUUUCCAUUAUCAUAUAUUGCUACACGAGGACGUUGUUGAUCUGCCUGAAGGUCUCCAAAGCAUCUUGCCUGAAAGCCAUCCAUACAUUGUCCACACACAUAAUCACUUGUUCCAUUUUCUUGACAGCCGUCUUCUUUGUUAUUUUAAGAUAUCGCUUGAAUGGCGGGACAAUUUCUAUCGCUGUUCAUGUUUUCCUUUCUAUCACUGGACUUCUCACGUCAGCUAUUGUGAACCCCAUUGUCUAUGGUAUAAGGACUGAAGCGCUAAAAUUAAAAAUAAUCCGAAAUGUACAAGUAUUGAUAUUCUGGAAAGGUGUUUCUUAACAUUGC